UCUGCUCUGCUCUGCUGCUCCUCUCUUCUUCCUCAUUUCUCCCUGUUCUGUACAUAAACCACAAUGAACUCCGUCCUGAACUGCUCGCACAUGCUCAACACCCUCCGGAUACCCCUCAGCCGGCCACACAGCCUCUCCGCCGUGCUCUCGGCCGCACGGUCCUUCUCCACCACACCCACCGCCAACAACUACCACUUCGACACGCUCAAGUUCAUGCAAAAGCUCGAGGCGAAUGGUUUCUCUCCCAAACAGUCCGAGGCAGUUUUGAAUGCUCUCAGCGAGGUCAUCACCGAAUCCGUCGAGUCGCUCUCGACCACCCUCGUCCGCAAGGAAGUGCUAUCACGGCAGGCGUAUCAGCAGAAAGUUGACUUUGCCAAACUGCGCAGCGAGCUGCUCACUCUCGACAAGACGGACUCGACGCAGGUCAAGAACGAGCACGAGAGACUGAUGAGCAGUAUGGAUAAGCUGCAGGUGCAGCUCAAAGAGGAGAUCGCAAAGACGCAGGCGAACGUGCGCUUGGAUCUGAAUCUCGAGAAAGGCCGCAUCAGGGAAGAAGGCGCGGUGCAUGAGCUCAAGAUCAAAGAGACAGACACGCGGAUCGAUACUGAGGUUGCGAAUGUGAAGACGCAGCUGGAGCAAGUCAAGUUUCAGGUCAUGCAGUGGCUCAUCGGUGUCUGUACUGGAUCAUUUGCCUUGGUUCUGGCAUACAUUCGCAUGCUUACAUAGACAUGACUCUUGAAUACAAAUAUCUCCAAAUAUCAAUUCUUACUACGCAAAGCCAUACAUAU